CAUUUAUUGUAGAAGACACUGUGCACCAAUUUUAGAAAAUUUUUAUGAUUAAUUUUAAUUGUAAUCUCUAAAGACGAUUUUAUCACGAACCAAGUAAUAUAGAAGACUUCAAGAUGUUUAGUACGUGGCUCAAUACUUGUAUGUUCCUUGGAUUUUCUUGCUUACUUUACAAUCAAUUGUACUUUAUCGAUGUAAUGGCCUUAGUUGGAGAUAAUGUGCGAGCAGUGAACGAAAGUGAAUAUCCUUUUAUCGCAUCUAUAUUAUUGAAUCGUAUUAAUAAAAGUUUGUCGCCUUUCUGUACUGGAAUUCUCAUCACAAAUAAGGAUAUUUUAACUUCUGAAACUUGUACAGAAUAUAAAGAUCCAGAAGAUAUUGUUAUACUUAUUGGAGCUAAUAAUCUGGAGAACCGUAUAAAAUAUUAUGUAGAAUGGUGGAAAUCGUAUAACCAGUGGAGUUUACAAACUGGUGAAGACAUUGAAAUUCAAAAAUAUGACAUAACUUUAUUGAGGCUGACUAAGAAAGUCCCCAACGACAUAGUCCCAGUGGCUCUUUCAUCUGUAUCGCAUCGAAAGUCGUGGCACUUGGAAGUUACGGCAGUCGCGUGGGCCACGUUAUCCGGUGGCGUAAUACCUCAUGAAAUGGAAGCAAUGGAUUUAAGAAUAUUAAUCGACAGUAAUUGCGAACUUCGAUUGUCAGAACUUGACAGGUUAAACACAGUUAUUCAGAGACGAAUUAUUUGCAGUGUUGCACAACCUUAUGCAUUCUUAACAUAUGGUGAUGCUGGCUCCCCUCUUUUAUACAAUGGUGAACUUAUGGGAGUGGGUUAUCAACCAUUUUUUCAAUACGCUAAAGAAUUUAAUCCCGGCGUGACAAAUCUUCAUUUUGAAAUUAAUUACUAUAGACAUUAUAUCGAAGAUGUGAUAUCAAAUUAUUAAAUUAAGCAAGUAACAUUAUAUAUUUGCAAAUAAAAAUAGA